AUGAACGGAGUAGUCAAAAUACCGCUGACGAGACGCCGGUCCAACACCUCAGUUGGAUCUUCGGGUUCUCAAGAAUCUGAUCACAGUCUUUCUCAUCCCAAUGUUGGGACAACCUCUAAUGCACUCCAACCUCCCAUAUUAGUAUACCAUGAGAGUGCACGUUCCAUCGUCUUUCGGGAUCAUUUGAGAAGAACAGCUGAUAUCGAACAGAGUGAAGGCGGAUAUGCUGCAAGUAGCUCCCCGGAGCCGUCGCCUACAAACAACAAUCUAGAAACCAAAGCUGAUCACGAGCAUUUUGAAGAAGACUAUUCCAUGGAACUCUCUGUUAUGAAUGCUCUUUUUGGUGGUUCUGGAUCGGGAGGACUUAUGAGUGAGCGCAUUACCAUACAAGGAUUCACUCCCAACAUUGUCCCGCUGCCUCUUUUGGAAUUAGGACCCAAUGAUGAGUUUUUGCCGCUAUUGGACUCCCAUGAUCGAAACCUUUGGACAUCAGCGGAGCGAGAAGUUGUGGAUCUGCUUGACUCUCAAUGCGCCGUGGUCAAGACUAUCAAGAACAACGAUUGGACAGACUUCCUUCAUCGAUUCAAGUCACCUCAUCCUCCAAAAGGUCAAUAUCCGGAUGAUCACAACGACAUUCCUCCGAAUGGAGAUUACAAAUUCAAUAGUUUCGUUACCAGUACAACGCUGCUACCAGCGGGUGGAAAGAAGAUGAGAUGUUAUGGAGCUGCAGCUGUCUAUACAUCCGGUAUCGUUUUUGCCCUUCCCAAGUUUCCAGAUGCCGAGGCAGAGAAUAAAAAAGUCGAAAGUACACGAACGUGGAGUUGGCCAUCGGGUUACUCGGCAAAGACUGAAUUCAAUGUCGAUUCGCGUGGAAACCUAAUCAAUGGUCGGCAAGAGGCCCUUGUUCCCUUAUCAACUUUACGUGAAUACAACAAUGACUAUUUGACAAAAGAAGACUAUAUGAUUGCUGGACGUGUGGUGAAAGGGGGUCUCCAAACGGUGCCAUACAACGAAGCUUUUGUUCGUGUUGGUGGGGUAGGACGUCUAGUAAAUGGAAAAGAUGUCGCCAGCGGCCUUGAUACCAGACGGUCGCUGGAGAAGGGGGUUGGACUACCAGUGGCGCUAUUUGUGCGGACUGCAACAUUUGGUCAUUUGAUUUCGCUUCUUCGGACGAGAGCCAGGUUAAUGCAUGUUUGGGGCCAAGCACAGAUUCAAGAUAUACCAUUGCUGUACAUAUCUCCCGCGCAAGGUAUCCGUGUGCUCACUGCAAAGUUACAGCACGAACUACUGCAAAUUGCUUCCCGGGGUCUCAAUCCCUUCCAGAAUCCUCUUUUGCACAAAACAACCAUUGAUAACACAGAUGAAAAGCAGCUCGAAACAAAGUUAGAAGAACUGAUUGAUCUUGAUGGCUCCAUUCGCGAGAUGCUUACUCCUGGGGAAUGCGUCCGUCUCGCUGGUGGAUUUGGUGCCACCGACGAAAGUAUUGCCCAAAUUCUAAAUGAUGCAAUGAUUCAAGAUAAGAACAGUCAGUUGGCUGGAGAACUUAAAUCUGAAUCACAUCGACUCCAAGAUAUUGUCAAUGAAGGACUUGCACAUGCGGUUCGAAGUGGUGACUAUUACACCUCUCGGCAACUUCUGAUCCUAUAUACUUUAGUAGCUUCAGAGGGACAUCAAAUGGAUGCAGAUGAAAAACCCAAAGUAGCUACGUUGACCGAAAGUGGCCCAGAAGCGAAUAUUCUAACGAGGACAAUGUCUUUGGAUUCGGGGGCUCUGCUGCUGAAGCGACAAGCGCAGUCUUUUGGUCUCACAAUCAACGCAGAAAAUUCAAUACUCCCGCCCCGCCCACCUCCCCCACCACUUGAUACAGAUCGACUUCGUAGUGCGACCAAUUCAGAUGGUCUACUUGCAGUCCUUGGAGCGGCGCAAGUUCUCAAAUCAAUGCGUGACGGAAGCGCUAAGCGCCAUACCGAGGAGAGCUUCCUUGCAGUUGAAGAGUGGUGCGAAUAUGCAGAACAAUCAAUGGCUUUCCGUCUCGCUUCUUGGAGAGACCAGCGGGCGGCCCAAGGUGAUCUUAAGAUCGCUUUCCAGAAAGACAGCAGCUUCAUGGCAUUUGUUAGCAAUAAAGCUAUCUCGAACAGGAAAUCGUUUGCCAAACAGCUCCGUGACGCAGCCAAACAGACCGAUUUUAGCGAUGUGCGAUUCCUUACAGCUAUAUUUGAGAUGAUAAGCAAGAUGCACUCUCCGUGUCUUCGACUCGAGCUCUUGCAAUUUGUUCUCGGUCUUGACAACCGAUAUUCCAUUGCUCAUGUCAAACGGUCCGUAGAACUUGCUGCGACUUGUCUUUCAAUCUCGGCAAGCACAACAGUAUAA